AUGGAAGAUAUCUGUAUUCCAAAGAGUUAUGAGGGAGAAAACCACAGAACUACACCAGAUAAGAGAAUGGAGAUAAAUACUUGUACAGGGGAUACAGCUAUCACACAACUUCAUUCCAGUGAAGAAGAAAAACCCUUCAAGUGUUCUGAAUGUUCUAAACACUUCAACUGGAAGUCAAAUUUUAUUGCUCAUAUGAGAAUUCAUACUGGAGAAAAAAAACCAUAUGAAUGUUCUGAAUGUGGGAAAUGUUUCAACUGGAAUGCAAACCUCAUUGCGCAUAUCAGGCUUCACACAGGUAAUAAGCCUUUUGUGUGUCCUGAUUGUGGAAAAUGUUAUAUAAAUAACGCAAGUUUGCUUCGGCAUCAGAGAAUUCAUACAGGCGAGAAACCAUAUGCGUGCUCUGAGUGUGGCAAGCACUUUAAGCAGAAAGAAGGUCUAAUUUUACAUUCAAGGCUACACACAGGAGAAAAGCCAUUUGCAUGUUCUGAGUGUGGAAAAUAUUUUCCAAGUAAUCAGUAUUUGGCUCGGCAUCAGAGGAUUCAUACUGGAGAUGCCAAUGUUUUUGCUUGUCCAGACUGUGGGAAAUGCUUUACCAGUAGUACAAGUCUUGUUCGGCACCAGAGAACGCACACAGGAGAGAAACCAUUUACAUGUUCUGAAUGUGGAAAGGGAUUUACCAGCAACCAAUACCUUGUUAUGCAUCACAGGGUACAUACGGGGGAAAAGACAUUUGCAUGUUCUGAUUGUGGGAAAUGUUUUACAAGUAGUCCAAGCCUGGUGAGACAUGUGAGAACUCACACAGGUGACAAGCCGUUUCCAUGUUCUGAGUGUGGGAAAUGUUUUACCAGUAAAUCAAACCUUAUCCUACACCAACGGAUUCACAGUGGUGAGAAAACCUUUGUGUGUUCUGACUGUGGUAAAUGUUUUAUUAGCAGCUCAAACCUUGCUGUACAUCAGAGAAUACACACAGGGGAGAAACCAUACAACUGCUCUGAAUGUGGGAAAUGUUUUUCCAGUAACUCUCACCUUAUUAGACAUACAAGAAUUCACAUAAGUUGCAAAACAAGUAAAUGUAAGAUGUAAUGCCAGUAACUCAUCUUUUUUAGUAUGAAAGAACUCACAUAGGGAAGGACAUCCAGCUAACUGUGUGAGAUGUUUAGCCAGUAAUUCUCAUCUUGUUCGCCAUGGAAGAACUGACGUAAGGGAGAUAUCCAGCUAACUGUGUGAGAUGUUUUUUCCGGUAAUUCUCAUCUUGUUCGUCAUGAAAGAAUUCACGUAGCGGAGACUUCCAGCUAACUGUGUGAGAUGUUUAGUCUGUAACUCUCAUCUUGUUUGCCAUGAAAGAAUUCAUGUAGGGAAGACAUCCAGCUAACGGUGGGAAAUGUUUUUCCAGUAACUCUUAUCUUGUUAGGCAAGUGUGCGAGCCAACUAACUUUGGGAGAUUUAUUGCUAGUUAUUCUCAUCUUGUUGGGCAUAGAAGGACUCAAAUAGGGGACAAAGUAAACACAUUGUGGGAUAUGUAUUGCCAAUGACUUUCAUCUGGUUAGGCAUGGAAGGACUCCUAUAAGCAAGAAAACCAACUUUGUGAAAGUUCUACCAGCAGGGACGCAAAUCUUGUUAUACGUAGCACAGUUGCAUUUUUUAAUACUGUAUUUUGGAUGUGUUUCUAAUUCUAUACAAAUAUUUAAAUUAUGUCUAAGGUUUGUCAGAAGGCACAACAUGGAGUAAAGAUAUUGUUUGGGGAAAUUCAAAGGAAACUCCAUGUUUAACAUUAUAGAAUUUUUGGCUAGGAUUUAAAGCUCCCUGUGUGUAUGAGUUCAUUGUGGGUUUGUUUUUAGAAAUGACACAUAUCAAACAGUUUAAUUAUAUAUGUAAAUCUGGUGCCUUCACAUACAGAAAUAUGUUGUGAAAUACAGAUCAAGCAGAACAUCAUUUAAAGGACCAUUAAAUAGAGGACUGCCUGAUCAAUAAAUACAUUGUAAAAAAGUAUACAA